UAACAAGGUAUCGACUGUGAAGUGGAAGCUGUGUGGAGUUAACCGUCUGGUUGAUCAAAUUUGCUGUAAUGAAAUGAAAAACGGAAGAGGCCAGUGAAGUGGACAGGAAGAUGGACAUUUUGAUGUGAUAAACAUAAAUGAUGCUCAUUUAUAUUUGUCUAUAGGAUUUUCUUCCAAUCGCAAAAUGACGUGUGCACUGUAUUUGGAACAUUAUUUAGACAGCCUGGAGCACCUGCCAAUCGAGCUGCAGCGGAACUUCAUGCUGAUGCGGGACUUGGACAAACGGGCACAGGACCUGAUGCGCAACAUUGACAAGCUGGCCGGGGAGUAUCUGCAGCAGGUGCGCACGAUGCCAGCGGAACGCCGCCGCGAGCAGAUGAACAACAUCCAGAAUCUGUUUGACAAGGCCAAGGAGUACGGGGAUGACAAGGUGCAACUGGCUAUCCAGACCUACGAGCUGGUGGAUAAACACAUCCGGCGGCUCGACUCUGACUUGGCCAGGUUUGAGGCAGAGAUACAGGACAAGGCAGUCAGCAACUCUCGCAAUCAGGACGAUGGCACCUCUUCAAAGAAAGGCCGGAAGAAGCUGAGGGACAAGGAGCGCAGCAAGAAGCGUGGCGGCGUAUCCUCAGAAGACGACGGUGGGUCCGGCACGGUCAAGUCAUCCCGUAAGAAACAGAAGAAGGGCGGAGGUGGCGGUGCGGGCGGCGGUGCCGGGAGCGGAGGAGGGUCAGGGGGUGCAGGCAGCGGCGACGGCGGGGACUUGGGCGGCGGUGCGGCAGUGGCAGCAGCGUUGGCGGGCAUCGCGCACCCGUCUGACGUGCUGGACAUGCCGGUGGACCCCAACGAGCCCACCUACUGCCUCUGCCACCAGGUCUCCUACGGUGAGAUGAUCGGCUGCGACAACCCCGAUUGUCCUAUAGAGUGGUUCCACUUUGCUUGCGUGGGUCUGGUGACAAAACCGAAGGGCAAGUGGUUCUGUCCAAAGUGCACAGCGGACCGCAAGAAGAAAUGAGCAGAGUGGAAUGCGGUGGAGUCUGGACGCCCAGGCGUAUGCGUUUCUGGCAGCAGAAAGCCUGUCUGUGUUCACUCAGCAGUGUGGAACAGUUGCUUAGAAUGGUCAGUUAUCUUCAUCUUCUACAAUCCCAGUGUGAAAUUACUCAUAAAUUGUGGUACUUCAUAAUGACAAAACAUAUUAGAGGAUUGCAAAGGACAACACACAGUUACAGAUUCUCACUAAGUUCGUCUUUGUCACGGAAGAUAGGUAACACCACAAGAGUAAAUGUCAUUAAGAAUUCAGUUAAAAGGAAAUUGUGGUUCUUAUUAUUUUAAACGAAGGAAACAUGACAGAAUCACAAUACUGUUUAUCUUUUACAAUAUUUAUGUUCCUUAUUAGUCUAGCAAGAAAAAUUUUGUCAGUUCAAGGCCCAUCACAUCUUAAGUGUUUUACACAAUUAUAGAAAUUAUUCUGUGGGGAGGGUUGUGUGGGUGAAGAUUGUCCACACUUCGUUUGGGAAUCUGCGUACAGUUAUUGGAAUGAGUGCCACACCUCCGUUGUAUCAGCCGUGGAUCUUUGAGCUCUGAAGUCCAGCUGCUUGUAUGUUAGUGUUUACAGAUAUAAAAACAAAGUGAAGGUGGUGAUGCCAUCUGGUACCAAAGUUUUGGAGUUUUAUCAAAACUGUUAAAAUUUCCUGCCCCACAGUAAUGUUUUGAGCAUUUAAAUCGGCUGUGGAAUAGCCUCAAAAGUCCUGAGCCAUGGGUUGCUGUGGCAAAUUAGUCACGUGUUCUCAUCAAACAGAGUGUAAGAUAUGAGCUGGAGCCAUCUUUAUAUUAAUUCUUCACAUUUGAUCUGCAAAUAAUUCAACCACUAACUGCAAUUUUUCUGUAAUAAGAACUUUCAUCACUAAACUAAGGAACAGUAUUAUUUAGUGGGAAUUUGUGUGUAUAUCCGAACUAAAAUGCGCUUAAGAAAAAUGUAAAGUUCUGGGAAGACAGAAUGGCUGGUGGUGCUUAAAUUCCCUUUCAGUAGUUCCGUCUCCUAUGGAUUUAUAUGAGUUGUAGACACUGUGGAUGACUUUCCUGCAAUCUUUCACUAUGGGACAUCACAGUUUGAAAUUUUGUGGCUUGUAUGUUCGCCCCCAGGAGGCAGAAGUGGAGGAUGAUUAAUUUAUUAUAAGAAAGAGUUUGACACUAGUGAGGGAAUAUAGGAGCUAUAAAAGAAUGUCCACAGCGAACAUUGUAUCUACAAAGAUUUUCAAAGACUAACUGACUGGAAUUGUCAUAAUUUGUUAAUAUUGCCAUUCUUAUUGGAAAAUUUUAGGGUGUGUUAAGACUAGGAAUUUUAAAUUAUUACAGCUGAUGGUGGAAUGAUAUAUAUCGUAAAAUUUACUCUGCAGUGCAUGUUGUGAAAAACUGUGAUGGUGUGAAGUGUAUCAGGGGGAGAAAUAUUUUUUUGUUCAGACCACACAUCUGGCUACAAUGGCAAAGUUUAGACAAAGUGCACAUGUAGGUGCCUGAUGAUGUUUAUGAAAGAAAUGUGUUACAUAUUAUAGAUAUUCUAAUCCAUGAAUAAGGUUUAAAGAACGAAAUUGUCAAUUUUUAUGCAACUGUGGAUAACUUUUUAAUCUGUUUUUCUCUUCCACAUCCUCCUGUUAUUUUUUUCCUCUUCUUUUUUAAGUAACUGAAAAGUAUUAUGUUAUUUGUUUAUAUUUUUAUAUUGCAUAUAUGUAUGUAAGUGUAUAUACAACAUAAUUUAAUGUGUUCUUUUGACAAUUAAUUGCAUAGAUUUUUUAACAAAUAGAUCUGUAUUUAUAAAAAAAUUUUAGUGUAUGCUCAGUUUUAGGUAUUCUAUGUCAAACUCCUUAUGAAUCCCUUCCUGUUGAAAAUAUUUUAUACUCUGGGUUAAUCGGCUUUAAUGACUAAGAUUCCACUUAAAGUGUGGUUCCUGCUAUCUUCUUUGGCUUACAGAAUUAAGGUCAACAUGAUAAGAUUAGUUUGUUUGCAUGUUGAAUACUUUAAAUAAUUGUGAUAUAACAUUCAGAUAUCCUUUGAUGUGUUUCAUGUAUAAAAAAUAUUGUGUCAGUAAUGAUUGAAAAUGAUCAAGUUGUUGUUAAGUAUAAGCCUCUGUGUUUCACUUAGCAUACACAGUUCUGUACUAGAACAUGUUGUAAAGUAUUAUGUCAAAAGAACAUUAAAUUACAUUUUCGUA